UUUUGUAUUGCUUUAUUCUUUCACUGGCUGCCUUUCCUCUUGAGAAAGAGAGAAACUGGGUGUGACCCUUGCUAACAAAGUACUUCUCUGGGCGCUGUGAAACUUAGAAGCACGGUGCGUGGAGAUCUACAGGUGUUUGUGGUUGUCUUUCUUUAAAGUGAGUGCCAAAGGAAAGGCUGCCGUCGACUGGCACGCCAGAAGAGGCGUGAAAAAAAAUGGCAACUGCUGCCCAAAUUGCGGCCGAGUGCCUUGUCUCCAUGUCCAAUCAGGCUAUCAUCCACAGCCCCCCGGGAGAACUGACCCUCCGACCAGCCGUGAUGGCUUCAUCUCUCACCAUCGCAGCCCGGGACAAGAAAUGCGAAGGGAAGGACUCUGGAAAAGACAACCCAGGUGGAGCCUCCAUCUACGCUGUGGCCAGCAUUCUAGCCGACCUCAACCGGCAUGUUCCAAAGCCUUCGCCCCCCAAGUUGGAGAAAGCAGAGAGCGCCAACAGAGGGGAGAGGGAAAACCCUUUGCUCCCCUGUGAAAAGUUUGGAGAAGAAAGUAUCUUGCCGGCCGGCAAACGUGGAGGAGGGAGAGCGGCCACACCUACCAGCUUGGCAGCGACGAACGCACCGAGCCCUAAACAAAGGAGCAGGAGAGGGCGAUGCCGGCCUGACCCUGAAUUACCUCAGAGAAAGCAUAAAUGCCACUAUGAGGGGUGUGAAAAGGUUUAUGGCAAGUCUUCCCACCUGAAAGCUCACCUGAGGACCCACACAGGCGAGAAGCCUUUCGAAUGCAACUGGGAAGAGUGCAACAAGAAGUUCGCCCGCUCCGACGAGCUGGCCCGGCACUACCGCACUCACACCGGGGAGAAGAAGUUCGGCUGCCCCCUCUGCGAGAAGCGCUUCAUGCGUAGUGACCACCUGACGAAGCACGCCCGCCGGCAUGCCAACUUCAACCCGAGCAUGCUCAAGAGGAGGAGCGGGAGCAGCUCCCGGACGGGCUCCGUCAGUGACUACAGCCGCUCCGACGCCUCCAGCCCCACCACCAGUCCCGCGAGCUCCCCAUAGACCUGCCUGCACUGGAAACCAGCACUUUGGUCUUAUGUUUAUAUAUAAAUAUAUGUAUUUUGGAGUUUUUCAUUUGCAUCGCACACUGCUUUUUAAAAACUCUUUUGCUUCAUUUUUUCAAAAUAUUGCGCAUA